GAAAAGCUUAGAAAUAACUGUCCCACAUUCAGCUCCAAUCGAUCUCAGCUGGCCCAAUUAUUAGGUGCCUGCGCAUCGACGCGAUCAAAAUGGGCCCCAUAACCGGCAGUCGAGCAUGCUUCCCUUUCCGUUGAUCGCUGGCCGGUCCGCGAUCGCAUCCACCAUUGCGGGCUUCUUCAGGCCUUUCCCACCUCUGACUCCCAGAACAACCAUCCAUCAACCACCCAUCUAUUCGAGUUUCCUCGCAAUAGGAACUCAAGUCACGAUGGAGAAGAUUACAGACAAGAUCGCGGCUUUGCCGCCUGACUCGAAUUACUUCUCUUUGGAGUUUUUCCCUCCUAAAACCCAAAUGGGUUUUGCCAAUCUCCAAGCCCGUUUGGAGCGUAUGGCCCAGGCUUUGCGCCCGUUGUUCGUGACUGUUACUUGGGGCGCUGGAGGAAGCACUGCAACCAGAUCGCUGGAGUUGGCGGAGAUCUGCCAGCGCCAGCUGCAACUAACGACAUGCUUGCAUUUGACGUGCACAAACAUGAGCCGCGCCUUGGUUGAUCAGGCAUUAGAGGAAGCCAAGGUGCUGGGAAUUAGAAACAUCCUGGCUCUACGUGGAGAUCCCCCGCGGAGCGAAGAAUACAACAUUCACGGAGAAGACGACAGCAACAAGGAUUUCACGUACGCGGUGGACUUGGUGCGAUACAUCCGACAGCAGCAUGGCGACUACUUCUGCUUGGGAGUUGCUGGAUACCCCGAGGGUCACCCGCCUGAGAACUCGCAGGAACCUCAGGAUCCCGUACACGAUCUGCCUUACUUGGUUGAAAAGACCAAGGCUGGCGCGGAUUUCAUCAUGACCCAGUUGACUUACGACCUUGACGUCUACACGAAGUAUGAAAACAUGCUGCGAAACCAUGAAUCGGGUGUUUUCAAGACUAUUCCGAUUAUUCCUGGUUUGAUGCCGAUUCACAGCUACAAGAUCCUGACGAGAGUGACGAAGCUCAGCCACGUGAAAGUCCCACCCCCCAUCCUUCAAAAAUUGGAGGAGCUGAAACAUGACGAUGAUGCUGUUAAGCGCACUGGUGUGGACAUCAUUAAUGAUAUUGUGGAAGGCAUCAAAAAGACGGCUUGUCCUGGAUCCCGGGGCUUCCAUUUCUAUACUCUCAACCUUGAAAAGACGGUCUCUUUCAUCAUUGAGCGCUGCAAACUUAUCCCACCCCCUCUCGAUGAAGAAACCUCUGCUGUCGAUUCGGGCUUCCUGGAAGUCUCUUUAAAUGACGUCCCCAAGCGUCUAGCACGGCGUCGUGGUUCAUCUAUGAAUUCACAACCGCACAACCGGGUUAUCGUGGAUAGGUUGAAUGGUGUGUCCGAUGUAUCUUCCAAGAACUCUGCCACACAUGAAGUGCCUGCAACAAGUGCGGGAAUGCCUGCACUGCCACCGGAUCGCAACACAACCCUUCAGAUCUCUGAAGGCCUGGGCGCACUGGGCAGGGAGGCAACCUGGGAUGAUUUCCCCAACGGACGUUGGGGUGAUGCUCGCUCACCAGCCUUCGGUGAGAUUGAUGGCUACGGCCCCUCGCUUGGUGUCCAGGCUUCUGUUGCCCGCCGAAUCUGGGGCCACCCUGUUCAGCGGGAAGACAUCAACACUCUCUUCCGGCGCCUUGUCUCCGGAGACCUGCACAUGGUUCCUUGGUCGGAAGGAGGUGCUGAGGAAGGCAGCGAUGGCUUAAACGCGGAAACCGAACUUAUUCGACCUGAACUUUUGAAACUUAUCGACGGUAGAGGCUGGUGGACAUUGGCAUCCCAGCCCGCGGUAAAUGGCGUCCGUAGUGACGACCCUAUUUUCGGAUGGGGACCGCAGCGUGAAGGGUUCGUCUUCCAAAAGCCAUUUGUCGAAUUCUUCUGUCCCGACAAAGACUACCAAUCCAUCCUCAAACCUAUCUUUGAAAAGCACGGCCACGAUGAACUAGCUUGGUUCGCGACUAACGCAAAGGGCACGUUUGAAUCAUCUCUUCCCGCCCAAACCGGAGACUUUGACACUAUCGAGACGAACCCUGAAAACGUCAACGCAGUGACAUGGGGAGUUUUCAAGGGCAAGGAGAUUGUUACUCCCACCAUUAUCGAAGAGGUCAGUUUCCGUGCCUGGUCUGACGAGGCAUACCGCAUCUGGGAAGAAUGGCGCCGCAUCUACCCCCGUGGCUCUCCAACAGAGCGUUUUCUCGACUCGACCAAGAACGAUGUCUGGCUGGUCUGCGUUAUUGGCCAGAACUUUGGUGCAGGCACAAAGGUUGGCUCUCAGGAAGAGGCCAACGAGGUCAAGUGGAUGUGGAAUGUGCUGGCGGGCAAGGAGUAGACACCAUGAGGAAGUUGAUUGAUUUGCUGUUGUAACAUGACGCCAAGUAUUUGAUCCUACAUCCUGUACUACUGACAGUGGAUUUCUGGUCUCUGGAGAGUUCAAUUUCAACAUUUGACUCGUUUUAGCAAAUUUGUGGCAUAUAUUUUAUUGACGUGGAUCGGAAUAUGCAUAGGAGAUGUGAGGGCUUGACAUCUGUUGUUGUACAGUACAGUACUGGCUCGCUUUUUGAAUGAAGACCGAUCAAGUAAAUAGAUGACUUUUAAUGUGAUGAAUGCUGAUAUUACGAUGCCUUUUUUUUCAUGUAAUUUUCCAUACUCUAUUAUCAACCAUUCUGCUACCUC